GGAGCUCCCGGACCCGGAAGUGGGAUGUUGAGUCACCGCCUGGUCACCGCUGAUGCUGGCUGGGAUGAAGCUGAACGGAGAAUUGUCGAUUCUAGAUAAUAUUUAAUCUAAUCUAAUUUGUCUCUCUGCGUGUACAAUAUAUAUUUAAAGGAAAUUAGGAAUACAGUUGAGUGUAAGUCCAUAGAAGGAGUGCGCCGUCAAAAAUGAUGGAGGAAAUGGAUAGAUUCCAAGUGCCUACAGCUCAGUCUGAGAUGCAGCCUUUGGACCCAGCGGCAUCCUCCACCUCAGAAGGAGACUCCGAUGCCAGGGAGGGGGACUCCGUGACCCUCAACUACAAACCUUCCCCCCUACAGAUGAAAAUCGAGAAACAGAGAGAGCUGGCCAGGAAGGGGUCCCUAAAGAAUGGCAGUGUUGGCAGUCCAGUCAACCAGCAGCCCAAGAAGAACAAUGUAAUGUCCAGGACACGACUGGACACCGAUAGUGACGAUGACUUCGACAUGUCCAGAUAUUCCUCGUCAGGAUACUCCUCGGCCGAGCAGAUCAACCAGGACCUGAACAUACAGCUGCUGAAGGACGGGUACCGGCUGGACGAGAUCCCGGACGACGAAGACCUCGACCUCAUCCCCCCAAAAUCCGUCAACCCCACCUGCAUGUGCUGCCAGGCCACCUCCUCCACCGCCUGCCAAAUCCAGUAGCCCCUUCCCUCGUCCCACCCCCCUCGCCUACCCUCGCCCCACCCCCGCAACCCCUCCCCGCCUGUCUGCAGUGAGUCCCCCUCGCCAGCAGGGCGGCGAAACAGCUCGACGAAAAUUGUAAUAUUACGAUGGUGAUGAAGAUGACGAGGCAGGCAAAAAUAGAAAGUUAAAUGCCAAUAUUUAAAAAGGGGAAAAAAAGUAAAAAUACAAAAAAAAGAGAAGUAAACAGCCAUUGCUUCCUCCUAUGGUAGGACAUGCGUGUGCCCCCUCUGUGUUUCAGAGCGAGGAGGAGCCAAACCAAGGGUAGCCUAGGCAACGCCCUCACCCCCCCCCCCCACCCCUUGCCAACAGUGUGAUAUCGCUGGUGAAAAAUAAAGAACUACACGUUCAAUCUAGUUAAAGCUAGAAAAAAAAACAUAAACAGAAAAUACAAAUGAUACAUUUUAUGGAGUGAAUGCUGACAUGAUGACAGCCCACUGAGUAGACUUUUCUUCUUGUUUUUGUCCCCCCCCUCUCCACCCCUUGUCAUUUUAAAUUUCAGUGUGAUUGUGUAUGUGCUUAAUGUAAAGAACAGACAUGCUGAGAUUAGGAAGGCAUCUCACUGGGGCAGGUACAAGAGAGGUACCAUUAAACUGAUGACCGAUCUCCCCUCGGUACUGACUGGCGGUAUCCCGGGGAUUGUGGGAAAUUUGCUGGGUACUCUCGCUGUAUAGCAUUCUGAAAGGCAAGUGGGUUUUGUUUCCUUCCUUUCUAUUUAAUGUUUGCCCUUGAUGGGUCCUUCAAAGACAAAUAGACUGUAAUGGGGGUGAAGUAUGUAGAAUUAAUUGAGCACUUUUGAAUGCUUUGUCUAAAUUUCCAGGCUAGCACACCGAAUGGAUACACGCACAUGCGCACGCACGCAUGCACACACACACACACACACACACACACACACACACGGGAAUCCCAGUGUUCUCCAAUUCUUACUUAAAAUGGAGCAAUGUAUAUAUCAGAAUUAAUUUUAUUUAUUUUAUGAUUUUUUUUGUUGUUCAUAGAGUUUUAUUUUUUAUGUUGACUCCCAUUUUGAAAAAAAGGUGGUUGCAGGUGUGACGACUAUACCGGCUUUUUUGAGUCACUGUGAGAGGCCAGGAACUGAGGUUUGCUCCUAGGGAUCAAAAAAAUAAUAAUAAGUAUGUGCUUCUGUGACUUUUGGAAGAAAAAAGUAAACAACUUGCGUACAACAUUGCAUGCUAUGUUGUAGCCCAAAUCAAGAACCAGCUGCUAUUAGCAAAUAACAAAUAUAAAAACCCUUGCUUUUUUGGUCAUGUUUUUGCACUCAUCUGACUGUUGAUACAUAUUUACAUUGCACACGGUGCAUUGAACAGUGAAGAUAGAAAGAUAGAUGUUGUUUUGUGAGCGUUGGGCUACGGGAUGUUCUAGGACACUGGAAAAACUGGAGAGUAGUGUACUCAACUUGUUUACAGGGGUGCAAUGGGUUACUUCAUCCCCAGCUGUUGUGUAGCACCCACAUUACUAAUGAUAGGAGCCUGAGCAUUGAGUAGCCAGACAGUUGCCCACUGUUACUCACUGUUUCAGUGCUUAUAGUUCACCUUACUGUAAAUGGCUUACACACACACAUACACCAGGACGCACACAAACGCACACUCGCGCACAGCCUCCAAUGGUAAGGAAGAAAUAGGAAUUGCCAUUAUCAAAAAUAAAAUUUCAAAUUGAGAUUUUGAAAUGUAUGAUUACUGUAUAUGUGAAGCGGUCAUUUCCUGCCUCUGUCUUGUUUAUUUUUUUCUGUUAUUCAAAUGUUUAAAUAUCGAGCUGACACGUUGACAGGUUUGUCUGAGUUUCAAACAAAUGUUUCAGUUUCGGUUUGUUCCUCUUCAAGAUGAGGAUUCGUGCACUCUGAUACUGUACAUCGUCUUUGAGAAAAGAAUGAGAGGUUUAGGUUUCCCCUCCAGGUUUGUCCCGUUUGCCCCUCUACACUGUUAACCAAGCAAAUGAAACUCCCUCGUCAAACACGGAUUUGUUACAUGGGCAGUUUUGGUGAGAGUUAACGGUCUUGUUCAUUUUUGUUAUAUCUCUUCAACACAAAACAUAGUUACUAUGUAUCAGUUCCCAGCUGUGCUUUGUAUUUAUAAUUUUGAUUAAUGUACAUAUGUAUUUUAUAUAUUUUUUUUUAAUAUUGGAUAUGAUACUGAAUUAGACUGGAGGAAAAAAAAAAACAUCCUUAAAUUCCUGAGUUUGUUCCUUCUUCGUGAUCAAGCGACAUGAAAUAAAAUAGAGAAAUCAAAUGGAUCACCUUGCCUAGUGGCCCUGAUCCUGAAGCGGGUCUUGGAGACUGACAUAAUAUUGGUCUCACCUUGCUGGUUUGCCAUAGAGCAAUGUGUCAAACACAACCUGACAAAAAUUCAGACGAGAGAAACUCCUAAUGGGAAAGUGCGCCUUCGCAAACCCGGUGAUGAGUGGAGCUGAGUGUGCUGUCGAUCACUGGUGGAAGCCAAUCAAAAGGCCGCUUUCAAUAUCUAAGCAAUUUGAUUGGUUUUAGACCACAGAUAUUGACAUCACUACCCCAGAAUUAAAUGAGAACGAACAAGAGCCAACAUGCCUCUUUAUAACAUUUUCAGCCUGACAUGUCUAUUCAUAUGCAGUACUGGUAUUUUGCCUCUUUUGAUAUGUUGGUUUGUUGUCUUUAAUUUUAAACUGUUAAAUGUACAAGCACAUGCCAGUCCAUCUAAUUAAUAGGGAUGUUGUCUGGGUUUUUUUUUUCUUCUUUGGUUUGUUUUAAAAUGCAAUUAAUACCCUCCCUUGGCACCUCACCUCAACAUGAUAAACUUUCACUGAUUUCUUUUUCACUCAUAAUGCACUUGCUCACAGCUUUGAAUAAGUUUGCGGUUAGAGUAUGCCUUAAGUGAUGAGUUUUAUAGAACUUAUAUUUAUUGCCAGUGGUAUGUGUUAAUUUAUUUGAAAGUUACAUUGAAAAAAGUAUGCAUUUUUUUAAAACAUAGAAACACACCAAUUUUUUAUUAUGAUUACUAUUACAAUAAUUAUGAAGAUGUAAACAUUUCCAUACCAGUAUUUAACAAUGUUAUUGUUCUGUGUAGUGUAACAUAUCAAUAAAAACAAGACAAGUGGAAAUGUCA